GUGUUUGUUUGACCAAAGUUCAGACUAAAUGUUCUUCAAACAGUUUGUCGUUGCUCAACUCUGAAGCUUGAAAAGAUCGACGGCUUCUACGGCAGAAACAUUCAGCAACGAGAAAAGAGAAGAUGCAGCGACUCGCUUUCAUUGUCUGCCUGCUUUCUGUGGCGUCGGCCCAGAUUGACCCGAGAGGUGCCCGCCCGGUGGAGCACGGCACCAGAUCCGAAAAAUGUGCAACCGAGAAGGAAUGGCCUUUCUGCACCGACGACGAAUGGGGCCCUAAAUGCCCGUCGGGCUGCAGGAUCCAGGGUCUGAUGGACAAAUUCGACCACACCACGGUGAAGAAGAUCGAGCAGAUCCGCGGGCUGCUGGACAAGAACAAGGCCAGCCACCGCAGCGCAGACGAGGGGUCCAAACAGACCUAUGACUACCUGAGGGACAGACUCACCCUCGAAUCUGGCAACAACAACAACUACUACGGCCUGGCCCUGAAUCUGCGUCAGAGGAUCACGAACAUGAAGAUAAAGAUCGACACACAGAUAAGACUCCUGGCCGCCCUGAAGGAUCGAGUCAAGGACCAGGUCAUCGAGAUGCAGAGACUGGAGGUGGACAUCGACAUUAAGCUGCGCUCCUGCAAAGGAUCUUGUGCCAGCUACUCUGAACACCAGGUGGACCAGGACAGCUACGUGACCCUGGACAAGCAGAUCAACCAGCUGGACUCCCAGUUUGCCCAGAACACUGUGUCAGUGGGGUCGCUUUACGUGAUGAAGAGCAAGCCGCUGAAGGACGUCACCGUAGACAGCAUCUACAAAUCCAGUCACAUCGUCACUGGGGCAGCUGCUCAGACGAAAGACGACGAUUUACCGGAGGUGCCUCGUUUGAUCCUAGAGGCGGAAGGCUCCACAUCGUCCCCGGCAACCGUCUCCAAGGACCCAGGUACUUCCUACUCUUCGUCCACAUCCUCCUCCUCGUCCUCCUCCUCGUCCUCCUCCUCCAGUCCUUCCACCACACACUCGAAAUCCAUCACCGAGAUUGGCGGACGAGGGGACGGAGGUUUGUUCGAUCUGGGCGGUGGCUACGGUCAGCCCAGCACGGGCCACAUCACCACCCACAGCACCACCUCCUGCACCAAGAGCAUCAGGAGGACGACUGUUUACACCAAGGACGGCCCGGUGGAGAAGACGGAGGAGGUGAUUGAAGGAGGACCUGAGUGCCAGACAUCGAGGGACACCAAUUCAGGGUUGAGCUCCCUGUUCCCCACCCUCACCCACACAUCCUCCUCCUCCUCCUCCUCCUCCUCCUCCUCCUCCUCCUCAUCGCAUUCGUCAUCGCACCACUCUGGUGGUACUAAAGGAAGCCUCUUCGGAGAUACCAAAACGGGUUUUAUGGAUCCAUUCGGCUCGGACCUCGGCUUGUUCAAGACGAGAGAUGUGGACGACGACCUUCCCGACAUGCACGCCCGCAGCAUGAGCAGCGUGCGCGUUGAGCGGCAGGCAGAUUAUGUAGGAAAAGUGUGUUUGAGGCUCAACCGCCAGAAUCAAGAUGGCCGACAGUCCAUCCGGAGGCAGCAGUGUGGAGCGACGCCGGACGUCCCGAUGUGUUCGGACGAUGACUGGAUCUCCAAAUGUCCAUCCGGCUGCAGACUCAAGGGUUUGAUCCAGCAGACUGGGGACACCGUGGACAGGAAGCUGUGGACGGUUUGUCGGGCAGCGAAGACGAUGGAAGACGCCGCUGAGAAAUCCAUGAAGGCGGCAGCGAGUGUCUACAGCUCCCAGCGGCAGCUCGUCAUCGGCAGAUACAUGUCCGAGCUGAAGUUCACCAAACUGGCAGAAGAUCUGUCCGGGAAUGUCACGACGCUACGGAAACGGUCAACCCAGUUGUCGCGGCAGCUGGAGGAGCUGAGUGUGGACGUCCGGAAACAGAUUGAGGACCUGUAUCGAGCUGAGGUGGACAUUGAUAUGAAGCUACGAUCUUGUCACGGGUCCUGCCGGUCGGUGCCGCCGUUCAAAGUCGAUCAUUCAAGCUAUGAAACGCUUCGAGCUGACAUGGACGAGACUUUAGGCAGGAGAAACAAGGCCACCAGACCUCCUGAAGACGUCCCUCAUAUCAAACUGCAGCCCGUGGAUGCAGGCGUGGCGUCGUCUGCAGGAUAUAAGAGCAUCCCCACGGUCGAGAGAGAACUGCUGACUCCGUUUAAGGACAUCGAACAGAAUCGGUUAACGAUGGAGAAGGGACUUAAUGCCGCAGAGCUGGAGUGACAAGGCUUUGACAGAGGUGGGAUGUGAUAAUGUUGUAUUAGAAGCACUUUGUAGGUUUUAAAAGAGCAAACAAACUGAAUUAUCAUCUUUAGUUUGGUGGACCAAGAAUACAAGAGACUAAAAACCUCCAACAGCUCAGACUGCCUUUGAAUCGAAAUAAUGUCAGUCUUCCUAAAUAGACCCAAUUCAUGUUUCUGUCCUGAAAUCUGGAGCUUCUCCUCACUGCUGAGUCUAAUUUGUUACGAGGAGAGCUGGAGAACCCAGGCACAGACUCACAGAAACAGGCAGACAGAUGAAUAAGGGAAAGAGAUUGAUUAAACCAAGUAACUGAACCAAUACAUAAAUAGAGCACUGAAUUAGGGGGAAGGAACCAAACCAAAACUACAAACCAAACUCUGAGGUCAAAAUCCAUAACUCGACAACAUGAGCACAACAGAGUCCAAGAGGCUGAAGCUGUUCAGAGGUGGCACGUUUGAUGGAGACAGUUUCUAUAAUCGGAUUUUUUCCUGUAAAUGUCUUUGUUUUUUGUGAAUUAAAGUGCACUGCUACCAUUUUUGGUUCAUAAAUGAAUGUGUUUGAACAUAUUUAUUAGAUGAUUAUGGUCUGAUGCAUGUUUUUGAAGUUUUUUGGGGGGUGCUGUACAAACUGGAUAAGAACACUAACUGUUAAUUGAUCAGUUGCCAUUAUUAACUUGAUCAAUCAAAAAUUGACUAAAUGAUGAGUCAAAAUGCAAAGGACUUGGAAUAUACAGAUUAAACUUAGAGAACUAUAUGCAGCCAUCGAAUGUAAAAAAGGUGACUUUUUUGUAUUCUGUAUUGUAUGAAAUAAAAACUUCAAUACAUUCGAGAGGAAAUUCAA